UAAAGGUCCGGGAGCCAUGAAGUGAGUGGGGACAUGCCGGUGACCCGGUUAUGGCGGAUAAGCUCCCUGUAGAAGAGAACUUUUUCCUGCUGGACUGGCGUGUUUCCGCGUGGCGUGACGUCCCCCUCUUACGUAAACUCAGAGACGGUCCAUGUGUGCUAGUGGAGCUGCAAACUUCCCCUCAGUCUUUUGCUGUAGCUUCCUUGCAGUUGGCUGAGAUUAAUUUAAUGCACUCUCGGCUAUGGGCCUGGAUCCGGGUGGUGAAUGAUGAUAAUAACAGCUUGUCUCUUCUACUCAUGGAGCUACUGAUCCGGCGGUACCAGCCCUCAGAUAAGGACACAGUUCUGACCAUAUUCAGCGAUGGCAUUCUGGAGCACAUCGGCCCAAGUUUUUACACCGCCAUGACCAGUCCUCUCUACCUCAGCAUUACCCUGGCUCUCUGUGCUGCUGGCUACCUCCUGGGCUCCGUGUUGGGAGCUGUGGUGUUAGCAGGAGGCUGGGUGGGUCUGGUGUAUUUCUGCUGCCGUGAGGUGUACGCCAGCUUUGUCCGGGAAAGACUUCGGACAGACAUGCAGGACAUCCCGGGGAACUAUUUGAGCGGACCAGAUGACUGCUUCUGGGUAGCUGAGGCCGAGGUUGAUGGGAAGUCUCGGGUCAUUGGUAUGGUGGCUGUUGUGGCCAAACAGUGUGGAAAAGAAAGGUACGGGGAACUGUUCAGGAUGAUUAUCUCCUCAUCGUGCCGACGGGCAGGUCUGGGUUCCAGGAUGACCCAGGUAGUGAUUGACUUCUGUCAGGAACGAGGAUUCUCCAGGGUGGUCCUGGAGACCAGCUCCACUCAGACUGCUGCUGUGGCUCUGUAUAAGAAGCUGGGAUUCACUCACACGCUCACACACACUGAUGCAGUGAGUUCUUAUUUCACGAUAAGGAUAUCCAGAGUCAAGAUAAUCAAAAUGGAGAAACAUCUGUAGGUAUAAAUCAGCCUUGAUUAGGUGCUGCUAUUUCCCUCACCACUCACACCCUUGCAGUAGUUUAAACAUGUAAAUGGUUAUUGCUUGCACUAUGUAUACACUGAGUUCAGGAAAUAACCUUUCUGUUUUAGCAGUGAACAAAAAAUCACUGUCCCGUCCUGAAUCUCUUAGGAAAUUGAUAUCAUCAGGAAAUUAGACCAAGUUUCUUUGACUGUAGGAGAGGUGUUUGUGAGGAAAGACUUUUGCACACCAGAGGAUUUUGUAAUCUUAAAUGAUUUUAAAAAUAUUGAUAUUUACGAUAUUUGAUUGAUAUUCAACAUUGGAGAGCCUCUGAUCCAUUAAAUAACACUAAGAUGCUCAUACUACAUGAUCAUUUGGGCAGAUAAGCAGCUCAGACAAGCUUCAAAUCAAGAACACCCCCUGAUUGUUGGGAGGGGUCAGUGGGACCCAAAUUCUACCCAGUUAUCCUGUCAUCUGGGGUCAGCUUUGAAUUAUUUUCAAAUGUACUGUGAUAACAUUCCACACCAGUAAUUGUUUGCAGAGCAAUCAUACUCUAUCUGUAAUUAAUUCUCUCAUUUCAGUGUUUUUUUUUUUAUAUUAAAAUAU